AUGUCCUCAUCUCAUCGACCAUCGCCGCUCAGACUGUCAGAUGCAGCCUGGGUGACCACCGACAUUAUUAAUCCAUCACGACCGGAAUCGCAACCUAGCUCAACGAGCCGUGACCUCGUGCCAGCUCCUCGACCCAGCGAUCUCCAAAUCGUUUUACGAACCAGAAACCAUGCAGCCUACUACGAUCCCGCCUCGAACGAGCUGUCUCUUCAAAAGCGCAAUCCGCGCCAGUCCCUCGGCUCACCGGAAUCUAGCCCCACACCCAACGACGCCCGCCUCGUGCGGCGCCCCAGCGAGAGCGAUUCCUUCCACGGCAUCGUGAACCGCUUCGCUGGCUCUCGACCUCUGAACAGCAGCAAUGUCCAGGAAGCAAUCUGCCCGACCUGCGCUCGUCCGUGGCCAAUCAGCCAAGAGGAUCCCCUCGAAGCAGACUUUGACCGGCGAUUUCAGUCCCACAACUCUGACCGUGAUCCACCCUCGUUCACCGCACCCAAUUACUUUCGCUUGCUCGCCCAGGCUGUGACAACCAGCACAAAUUCGCCCAACCCUGGCAGCAGCGGCUUCAACACGCGCCCCGACACUCCCAACCUUCUGCCUCGGAAUCGGUUCGAAUCCGCUUCUGGCACCUCGACACCGCUCCGCUCGGGCGCAUCCACUCCACCGGAACACAUCCAUCAGUCUUCCGAAGCACAAGGCUACUAUGCGCGCUUCUUUGUUGAGCUCAAGCGUCUCGGACGUGGCGCUCGCGGCCAAGUCUUUCUCUGCCAGCACGUGCUAAACGGCAACAAGCUCGGCAAGUUUGCCAUUAAAAAGAUCCCCGUCGGCGAUCACGCACAGAGCUUGCUGCAGAGCCUCAACGAGGUGCACCUCAUGGAGUCAUUGCACCAUCCGAACCUGAUUCACUAUCAACAUGCUUGGAUCGAGAGGUGUCAGUUGAGCGCCUUCGCGCCCGAGGUGCCGACAUUGUUCGUGCUCAUGAUGGCCGCGAAUGGUGGGAGCCUCGCCGACUGGAUCUCGGCGCGGGCUGGAGAAGCAACGGCUGCAGCUGGCGAGAGUGGCAGAUCGGAUUCGGGGCGAGCGACCAGUGUUGGUUUCUCUCAUCUACGAGAUGGCAAGGCUGGUACAAGCGGCGACGGGCAGAAGCAGGGCAAGAAGGAAGAAGACGUAGCGACCGUCAAUCCAGCGGAACGACUCAGGAUCGAGCGGCUCAAGGCUGCCUUGCGCCAACGACGGGCCAAUCGCACCGCUGCGAACAAGCAGACCUCUGUCUCGCCGCGUCCCAUCGACCCUCAAAUCGAAACGGAAGUUGGCGUCCACCUCCUCCGCGAAGACGAAAUCUACAGCCUGCUCACCGACAUCACUUCCGGUCUCGCCUUCCUCCACGAUCGCGGCAUUCUUCAUCUCGACAUCAAGCCGGGCAAUGUCCUUCUUCACUGGGACGAAGACUCGCUCAUCCCACGCGCCAUGCUUUCCGACUUUGGCUCUUCACUUUUGCUUCACGAUAACUGGACGCGCACGCGCUCCGGCCACACGGGCACGAUGGAGUACAUGUCGCCCGAGACCAUCCUCGUCAACCCUGUCACAGGCCGACUCGAUGAGCUGAGCAGCAAAGCCGACAUUUGGUCGCUCGGCAUGAUCCUGCAUCUGCUCCUCUUCUUCACAUUGCCGUUCAGCCAGGUCGACGAUGUGGAUGCACUGCGCGGCGAGAUGGCGACUUACAAGGGCUUCAAGCGAGUUGACAUGGCAGGCAUGGGAAGGCGAAGUGACGGAGUCCUGCUGGGUCUGCUAGAGAGCAUGUUGCAGGUGGACCCGAUCAAAAGGCCGAGCUGUGGCGAAAUCCUGAAAGUACUCAUCGCGGCCAAGCGAGAAGGCGAGCAAGGCAACGCGAGGACUCCGCACCGACACAAAAGUGAGAGGGGCGAAGGAGACAAUGGGCACGGCGUCUCGCUGGCACUCUACCGACCUUCUGCACUAUCCUUUGCUUCGUCGGCUCCUUCUUCCCCGACGACCCCAAAGCAGAUUUCAGCCGGCACCCGAACUUCUCUCCUUCCGCGAAUGUCCAACGUGGUGCAAGCAGAAGCGACCUCAGUCGCGAUCGCCCUGCUCAAGUGCCUCUCACCCGCCCUGAUCUCUCGCUUCCUCUUGCCUUCCCGCCCACUCGACGUUGCAGCGAAUGCCGCGUGGCCGACCAACACAGCAAGCCUGCUCAUCCUCGUCCUCGCCCUCAUUGGCAACGCAGCCCACGGCCCGCAGAGCGUGCAUGUACGAAGGGCAUGCUGGUUGGGCCACGUGCUGCUGCUAGCUUGGCUCACGUUUUCCCCACGCGCAAUGUAA